AUGUACUGGUUUCACUCUUUAUCAUUGAAAUCUUCACAAUUACGUACCAUUACUUCUUCUUCAUCACCUAUCAACUACCUACACAAGGGCCACAUCCAGCUAUAAUGGGCGCCCAAUCAUCCAAAAGCAUCCGCAAACUCCCAAAAUCGUCUCUUCCCAAGGCAACACCUGAGACUCGCUUUCCUCCUCCCCCACAUCAAGCGCCUCCCCCGCCGGUUGAAGAAAUUGAAGAUGAACCCAGUGGACCGAUCGAUUAUGGAAGAAUAACUGAAGAUGUCAAGAGACAAGAAAAAGGUCAAAAGCAAGGAGCCGUGGAAUUUAGUGGAGAGAAAGAUGACGCGAUUAGGAAAGAUGCGAUGGAUCCGCAAUUCAUGCAGAACCUGCUUAAGCUGGGCCCCGUAGAGAUACAUGAUGCUGGAAAGUUUAGGCCCGCAGCGGCACAACGAACAUUACAGUCACGCAAGGACGAAUUUACAUCUUCUUCCCAAAUUGCGCCCCCUGGCCAUCUUACUUUCCCUUUCCUUGCGUCAUUGCUUGAUGGCCUCAAAACCCUGCCACCUGGAUCCGAUCCUGCGCCAUUGUAUAAACAAUACGGAGUGGACAAGGAAAAGAUUGAAGAGUUGAGAAAGUGGGUGAACAGCGUCAGCGUGGAGGAAGAGGAUAUCGUAAGAGUUGAAGAGGGGAAUGAGAUUCGAGAGAUGAAGGCGGUUUGGAUUGGGGGUGUCAAGAAGCCAUAACGAGUUGUUCUUUUCUGAAUCGCAUCAUCUGUAACAAAUGUCAUAUCUUAGCACGAACACAUGGUUAUACAGGUACAGUACAAAGCAUGUCAUCUAAUCGUUCACUGUCCUCCCAUGCCCCAGACAC